CAAUGAUUAAUUUUAUUACAAUUAUAUCCACUAUUUCUCUUGUUCCCUUUUCCAUUUUCUUUUCCAUCUUUUAAAGUUGUCUAUUUCUCUCUACUCUCAUGGCUUUUUCUUCGCCUGGUUUUUCCUUCAGGUCUCCUCAUCUCCCAAGGACCCAAGAUCCAAUUUUUCUGUUACAUACAUGAAUAUUCGUACAUGGGUUGGAUUGGAACUGAAAUUGCCGCAGUUUUUGUUGUGGUGUGAUAUCCUAAUAUUUGCUUAAUUCAACAUUUUCAGACAAAAAAAAGAAAAUCCCCUUUCUGGGGUUAGAAUUCUUUUCUUGACUAAAAAAUAUAGGUUAGGUUGGUGAUUCCUCUGUAAUAAUCAGAAAAGAUUGAAAAGCCAUUACAUUUUGUAACAAAGAUAAAAAUUGGGCAACAUGGGUUAUCUGAAUUCAGUGUUGUCACAAUCAUCGAGCAAAGUCCACGUCGAUGAUGCUCCGGUUAGCGGCGGUGGCCUAAGUCAGAAUGGAAAGUUCAGCUAUGGAUAUGCAAGUUCUCCCGGCAAAAGGUCUUCAAUGGAGGAUUUUUACGAGACAAGAAUUGACGGCGUAGAUGGAGAAAUCGUUGGUCUCUUUGGAGUCUUUGAUGGUCACGGGGGAGCUCGAGCUGCAGAAUAUGUGAAACAAAAUCUUUUCACUAACCUCAUCAAGCACCCGAAGUUUAUAUCCGACACCAAAUCUGCCAUAGCUGAUGCAUACAGCCACACAGACUCGGAGUUUUUGAAAUCGGAGAACAAUCAGAACAGAGAUGCUGGGUCAACUGCUUCGACCGCUAUCCUAGUUGGCGAUCGUUUAUUGGUGGCGAAUGUUGGGGACUCGAGAGCUGUUAUUUGCAGGGGUGGAGAUGCUAUUGCUGUGUCUCGGGAUCACAAACCGGACCAAACAGACGAGAGACAAAGAAUUGAAGAUGCUGGAGGUUUCGUGAUGUGGGCAGGGACUUGGAGAGUUGGAGGAGUGCUUGCUGUUUCUCGUGCAUUUGGUGAUAGACUUUUGAAGCAAUAUGUAGUUGCUGAUCCCGAGAUUCAGGAGGAAAAAGUCGAUGACACACUCGAGUUUCUUAUUCUUGCAAGUGACGGGCUUUGGGAUGUGGUUACAAAUGAGGAAGCUGUGUCCAUGACUCGGCCAAUCUCGGAUCCCGAGGAGGCUGCCAAGAGGCUAAUGCAAGAAGCACAUCAGAGGGGCAGUGGUGAUAAUAUCACAGUUGUUGUCGUUCGGUUUUUGGGCGAUCAAGAAGAUGUGGGCCCGUCCAAUAGCUCGGCUUAAAAAAUCAUGCGAUUUUAUUUUAUUUUUAUUCUUUUUUUCUCCUCUUCUCUCUCUCUUGGCCAGAAAAGUUCGGUGCCUUCAUCCGGUUCUAUACUUAAUAUCGCGUAAAAAUCGUAUAAAAACUGAUGUUAAAUGUUUGGUUGCUAAGGUACUUUUGAGUUUGAACUUUGAACUGUCGAAGUUUGUGUUUGCUUACUUACAGCCAUAGGUUUGUAGAUUUCAUGGAUUUCUGUGUGAAAUGGAUUGUAAGAUAAUUGUUGUUUGUUUAUAAUGAAUUCUUGGCUAUUUAUUUUAAAAAAAAAAAUGGCAUAAUAUUGAGGUGGUGCAGGUGAUUUUCUGUUUGUUAUUU